AUGAAUAAGAUGGAUAAGUAUUGUAAUGAAACUUUAUAUCAAUGUGCUGUUUGUGAAGGUCUUUUCUUUACACUUUCUGACUGCAAGAAUCACAGCUGCACUAGGCCUAGUUCUCAACAUAAACAUGCAAUAAACAUUAUAGAAGAGUCCAGAGAUACAUGUCCCAGUGAGUCAACUAAAACUUGUGAAGAUCAAGAAUCCUCUGUAAAUGACCACAACCAAGAUGAAGUGUUAGCUGAAAAGCAAGGAGCACAGCCACCAGAAGGAUCUGAGAAUCCUGGAGAUCCAAAAUGGAGCCAUGAGGCAGUGCAUUUAUUAAUAAGUUUAAAGACCGAGUUUUCGGGUAUGUUUUCGUCAAACAUUAUAACACAAAAACAAGCAUGGAAGAGGAUUUCGGAGGAAAUUUGCAACAAAGGAUAUCAUUUCAGUGGAGAUGAAUGCGACCGGAAAUUCAGAUCAUUGAAAAUGAGGUAUAAAAUUAUAAAAGAAAGAAAUAAUAAAACUGGAAACAGUCGCCAAUCCUGGCAGUAUUUUGACGAGAUGGAUAAAAUGCUGCACGGCGAUCCUGCUGUCCAACCGGUAACGGUACCAUCGAGCUUGACUAUGGCAGCUUCUACCUCCAGCACAACACCAAUGCCCCAAAAACCAACUCCUAAGAAACGAAAAAAUGACAAAGAGCCAGCCUGGAUGGAAAAUUACAGAGGUGAGUUGAAGAAAAUGCACCAGGAGAGGAUAGAGCUGGACAAAGAGAGAUUAAAUCUUGAGGAGAGAAGGAUGCAAGCUCUAGAACGUCUUGCUGAUGCAUUUAAUAAAUAGAAUACAGUUGAAAAUUCCCAGUAUAAAUUGUGCUUCCAAGAUAUGAACUAUAAUUAAACUGCAUCUAUAGUCUAUUUUAAAAUUCAGUUUCUCAUAUGUUAAUUGUGAUUUGACAGUUUGUUUCGAUCAUCAUUCAUUUUCUUUUAUUUUAAGUACCUGAAAUAUUCAACUUGUACAUUAAGAGCCUGUUUUACUUAAUUCAUUUAUAUUGUACAGAAAACUAUAUUUCUUAUUUGUUUCAUUGUAAAAGAUGCAAAGUGUAAUUGUAUGUGAAAGAUGAUAGAAAGAGACUGAAAAUUUGAACGCCGUUUAUAAAUCUGAUGUAUUUGAUUCAUAUUCAAUGUUUUAAAUAUCUUAUAUAAUGUUAAAUAAAUAUACUGUAAUGCAUACAGUUAAGAAAUAUAUCAAGCAAUUGACAUA